AUGGAUAAGUUAUAUGGAGAUUAUGAUAAGGUUUAUGAGAAAUAUAGAAACAAUAACCUGUAUAGAAGAAAGAAUGAAAAAGAGGAAUUUAAUAAAGUAGAUAAAAAAAAUAAAAUGGAGAUGAAAAAAGAAAAGGAUAAUAAUAAAAAAGAUAAAAAAAUCAAUAAGAAAAUGAAAAAAGAAAACGGUGACAUUAGUGAUAUUUCUCAAAAUGUAUAUACUGAUAUAUCAUAUGAUUAUAUUGAUGCUAUUAAAAAAAAUAAAAAGGGAAGGAAAAAAAAAGAUAAUUUAAGGGAUUUAUCAUUUAAUGAAUAUAAAAUAAGAAAAAAACUAAGUAUUGAAAUAAAUAAAAAAAUAUAUAGUGAUAGUGAAAAUGUACAUGUACAUCAUAAUACAUUUGUAAAUAAAAAUCAAGGAAUAAAUGAAAAUAAUUAUAUUUCAACAAAAAAGAAAAAAUUAAAAUAUGAUGAUCAAAAAGUAAAGAAAAUGUUAAAUAAAAAAGACAGAACAAAAUUUGUUUUAAAUUUCUUUUUUGUACUAUAUUAUAUAUUCUUCUUUUUUCAUUAUAUAAUUGAUCUUCAAUUGAAUAAUAUAUAUAAUAUAGUAUUAAAUACUUUUACGAUUGUUAUUAUCACAUCUCUUUUAUUAUAUAUAUUUUUUCUUAAAGCAAGAAAUAAGAAAUUGAAAAAAAUUAUUCUUUAUAUCAAUGCAUAUAUCAAUUUAAUUUAUUGCUUUAAUAUAUAUAAUACUUUAUUUUAUUGGUUACAUAUCUAUUUAAAUUUUACAUUAAGUAAAAGAAUAUACUUAAAAUAUAAAACUCUCUAUAAAAAUAUUUCCUUUGUAUUUUCAUAUUUUAGUUUUGAUGAAAUUUUCUUCUUUCUUAUAAUAUUUUACGGUUUCUUCUCAUUUACAUCUACUAUAUUAACAAUUACUUUAUUUUAUUAUAUAUACAACUUUAUAAAUUAUAAUUUUUGA